AUGGCCAGCCGCAAUGUUAACGGCGCGGCAUGGUCCACGGGCCUCUGCGGCUGCUGCGACGACGUCGGUGGCUGCUUCCUCACCUGGUGCUUCCCGUGCAUCACCUUUGGGAGGAUCGCCGAGAUCGUCGAUGAGGGGGAGAUACCAUGCUGUGCGAGCGGGUCCUUGUACGUGCUGAUGUGCAUGACCACGGGGUUGGGCAUGGGUCUCUACUCCUGCUUCUACCGGUACAAGCUGCGGAGGGCCUACGGGCUCGCGGAGAAGCCCUGCGCCGACUGCUGCGUCCACUUCUUCUGCGGGGCCUGCGCCCUCUGCCAGGGGUACCGCGAGCUCAAGAACCGGGGAUUCCAGAUGCACUUGGGAUGGCAAGCCAACGCCGCGAGGAUGGGGAUGGGGAUGACCGUCGCGCCCCACGUGGACCCCGGGAUGACUCGUUAA